AUGCACUUCACUAUCCGCAGAUGCGCAUUACCUCAAGAGAAUUUGCCCUCUUUGGAUCAAAAAUGGCGGACGAAAUGGACAUCUGCAAAGAAAGGAAAGACCUCGGAAAAGGAUAAUGGACACGAUCAUGGCGAGAAGAUGUACAUAUUACCUAUGUUUCCAUAUCCAUCUGGAGAUCUUCAUUUGGGUCACUUUCGAGCAUACACAAUUUCCGAUGUACUCGCGCGAUUCCACACGAUGAAAGGCUACAACGUUGAAAUUACAACUUGCGAUCCCAAUUUUUACAAACAUACCCAGGAUAUAUUUCUUCUCCUCCAUGAACAUGGUCUGGCAUAUCAGGCAGAAUCUUUGGUGAAUUAUGAUCCUGUGGAUAAGACUGUUCUCGCAAAUGAACAGGUUGAUGCAAAUGGCCAUUCUUGGCGAUCUGGAGCUAAAGUAGAGAAGAGACUAUUAAAACAGUGGUUUCUACGAAUAUCUGAAUUUCGAGAUCAAUUGCUGGAAGAUAUUAAUCAUUUAGCUGAGGGGGGUAUGUGGCCGGAAAGAGUUCUAGCUAUGCAAAAGAAUUGGCUGGGAAAAUCACAAGGAGCUCGAAUUAAAUUUUCUGUAUCAGCAGGUAAUGAUAGUGCUCAACAGUCUGUUGAGGUCUUCACAACCCGACCAGAUACUAUAUAUGGUGUUCAGUAUAUUGCUCUUGCAGCAACGCAUCCUAUCGUUCAAGAUCUUGCGAGAGAAGAUCCAAAACUGCGAGAAUUCUUGGAAGGGAUAUCAGAUCUUCCACCUGAUUCAAAGGUUGGCUACCUUCUUCCGUCUGUUCGUGCCAGUAAUCCGUUAUCAUCCCAAAAAUCUACACCAGAAGCCUCUAAGGCUCCUUUACCAAUUUAUGUUGCGCCAUAUGUGUUAGGUGAUUAUGGUGAUGGGGCAGUCAUGGGAGUGCCUGCGCAUGAUAGCCGAGAUUUUGCAUUCUGGAAGCACAACACUCAUGAUAUUCCACCCAGACAUGUUAUUGAACCUAUAGGAGGUGCUUCUAAAGCUGUUUCCGGAGACCAGCCUUUUGUUCAUCCUGGCCGUCUUACAUCACAAAAUCCAGGAUCAUUUUCUGGACAGACAACAGCUCAAGCAACCAAGGGUAUCAUAGAGCUACUCGCAAGUCAAGGUCUUGGAUCAACUGCUGAGACAUGGCGUCUCAGAGAUUGGCUUAUCAGUCGACAAAGAUACUGGGGUACUCCUAUUCCAAUAAUUCAUUGUGAUAGUUGUGGUCCAGUUCCUGUUCCUAAAGAUCAGCUUCCAGUUGAGCUUCCAUCUGUUGAAGGCCACUGGCUGAAAGGUAAAGCUGGUAAUCCUCUUGGUGAUGCUCAAGACUGGGUUAAUGUAUCAUGUCCCAAAUGUGGCGGAGAUGCUAAAAGAGAUACUGAUACCAUGGAUACCUUUGUUGAUUCUAGUUGGUAUUUUAUGAGGUUUGCUGAUCCCAAAAAUUCGACGAGACCAUUUUCUUCAGAAGCAGCCAAUGGAAUACUCCCUGUUGAUGUAUAUAUUGGAGGAGUUGAACACGCUAUUUUACAUCUAUUGUAUGCUCGUUUCAUAUCGAAGUUUCUAUCCAAAACCUUGGAGUGGCCUGGAGGGUCGAAUAAUAAUAUCCGUGGUGAGCCUUUCAAAAAGCUUUUAAGUCAGGGGAUGGUCCAUGGAAAGACUUAUUUAGAUCCUACCAAUGGUCGAUUUUUGAAGCCGGAUGAAGUGGAUCUCACCAUAUCAUCGAAACCGAUUGUUAUUGCAACGGGAGAAGUGGCGAACAUCAGUUUUGAGAAGAUGUCAAAAUCGAAAUAUAACGGUGUCGACCCAGCAACAUGUAUGACAAAAUAUGGCGCUGAUGCUACAAGAGCCCAUAUGCUUUUCCAAGCACCAGUGACUGAGGUACUUGAAUGGGAUGAACAAAAAAUCUCCGGCAUUACCCGUUGGUUAAAACGUCUUCAUGAGUAUACAUGUGCAGGUACAGGACCGCCUCAGAAGAUAAAAGAUGGCAAUUUAUCUCCAAAAGAAUAUCUCCUUUCUGGAAUAGAUAUUUUAGAAAGUAUCACAAAACGUCUUACUGAGAGGCCAAUACUUUCAGCAGGACCCGUGGAAGCAAUGCCUUUGGAUUCCAUCAUUGAAUCCAUCCAAGCCGACAUGAAGCUUUGGCGAGCCGUCCAAAAAACUAUCACAAGUGUCACGGAAGCUUACAGUAAAACACACUCACUCAAUACAAUAGUCUCCGAUUUAAUGAGUCUCACCAACCUCAUUAUCGAAACCAGCAAGAAAAACGAGAUCGCCUAUGAUGAUCUGAGUAGAUUACACAUCAACGAUAGGAGAUUCGCACGUCAAAAACGCUUAGAACCAAACAUCUUCACCAUCCCCCGAGCAGCAACUAAAUCCCUUCUUCAAAUGAUGGCACCCAUCACCCCCGCUUUCGCAGAAGAAUGCUGGUCCAUCCUAUCUAAUUCCCAAACACAAGAAAAAGGAAAAGAAACCACACAAUUUAAAUCCAUCUUUGAAACUUUCUUCCCGCAACUAGAUGACUCUCUUCGUUUCUUGGCUCCAUCUUAUCAGAAAUGUGCAGUGCAGGUUAAUGGGAAAUUGAAAUUCGCAAUGGAGUUACCGAUUCCUGGAAAGGAAUUGCAGGGUGAGGAAUUGAACAGUUGGGUCGUGCAAAAGGUGGCGCGGUCUGAGGAGGGAAUCAGGAGAUUUGGUUUCUGGGGGGAUAUGAUGUAUGGUGGGAAGAGGGUGCAGAGGGUGGUGGUUGUGGGGAGGGGGAAGACGGUUAAUUUUGUGGUUUAG